AUGACUCCUGACCUCAAGUUGCUUGUUGAAAGCUGCUUGCAAGAAAGGGGGCUAUGGUGGGCAGCACAGCCGACAGCAGCUACGCACGUGAAAGGUGGGAUCCUUGACUUCCUUUGGUGUGAGCGAGAUAACGCCAAACCGCCACCCAUUUUUCAUGAUGGCCAAGUUUGCCGCUCCAGAGGUUGCCACAAUCCCUUGUGUGGCAACAUUGCAGAUGCUACGGCUUCUAAAGACUUGGAUCAUUACGCUUGGACCUUUGCUACAUGUUUGACAAAGCUUCCAGGCGCAGAGACGGCGUUCAGCCUGUACUUCAGCAAAGAUGCUGACAUGUGGGAAUGUGCAGUGCAUGCCAUGUGUGAAAAGGUCAUGGAGCUUCUCGCACUGGACCAGUCUACUGCGCUGCAAUCCUGUCAAGCAUGGCCUUGGCUUACGUCGAAACAACGCAAAUGUGCACUCAAUGCAUGUGCUGGCCUCUGGGAUGUUCUCAUGACGAUGGUGGGCUAUAGUGCAGGAUUGGUUAUGCUCAGGCCUUUGACCCGUUCGCCGACAGUUCCGCAAGCGGUGAAGCAAGCUUUCCAUGCAAUGGUCCGUGCAGCUAAGCUCAAGCCCCAUGAUGCCACAGUGGCAGAAGUCCUUCACAUGAAGCGAGCUGCCCAGAGUGACUACCGGCAGCAGGUGGCCCUGCAUCGAGUUAAGGCGAUUGAACUCCGAUGCAAUCGGUAUCUGCAGCUUUGCACCUCCAAGGACCCUCAAGCUGAUGCCUUCUUGUCCAAAUGCCUCAAGAAGAAUCCGAGCGGCCUACCAGACAAUAUGGUCAAUGAUGAAGGUGAGGAUCAGCAGGAUAAUGUGCUGAUACAAGUCAGGAGUGCCAUGCGAACGAAGGUCAACGGCAGCUUGCCUCUUGCAUCGCCCGAGAUUUCCCCGGAGCUGUUGUCCAGUGCACUCCAAGGCAUAGACCCUUCGGCUGAGUGUCGUGGGUUGCCUUAUGCAGCCCUGCUGGUGCCGAAUCCUGCGCAUGUCAGUUGGAUUCAUAGCCUCCACUCGUUAAUGCAUGCCUUUGCCGUGAGCCCACUUGCCUGGACAAAACAGAGUCUUUACCAUUCUCUUAAACCAGGGCGCCCUCCGAAUUCUUUCAUGAGCUACCGAGUUCUCGGACUGAACACGGCCCAGGGACGCCUACAGGAAGAGUUGUUCAUUCAGCUUGAGCCAGACUUAUGGUGCCACACUGGGAAAUUCCAAGAAGGAAGACAAGAGUGUCUUAUUGUUGUUGCAGCAGAUCUGUGCAUUGCAAGCAUCCGGCUUGAAUUGGGCCUUCCAUUUGGGUUAUGCCUCAAUGACCGCAAGGAAGCCUUUGACACUCAGUGGAGAUCUUCCAUGCUUAUCAACUUGGCUUCUGGUGUUUCGAGCCCGCGUUCAUGGUGCUUGGCCGAUGAACUGCUGCGCACCACUUCUAUGAGUGUGGUGAAAUCAGGAGCCAGGUCCAGAAGCUUUUCCUCACUUGUGGGUGUAGUCCAAGGUCGCAAACUCUCUCCCCUUGAGUUCUGCAUUGGUCAACAGAACCUUGAAGAGCAUGCUGCCCGGAAUAUGGUGGGCAUUGGGAUUAAUCCGCCUGUUUCAGCUGUAGAGGCAUAUCAUCAGCGCAAAGAUGGCCACUCAGCUGAUGUGCUGUACGACUUGGACGAACCUCGUCGCCUGCAUGAGUUGGUUUCGGAUGGUAUUUUGACUUGGUCGGAAGCCUUCUCUCGGGCUUCCUCUGAUACAUGUCGCCUCAUCUUGUUGGACCUGGCAGCCCCUACCAAGAGAUCCAUUCGAUCCUUCAUGGAUGACACCAGAAUCCCGGUGGCUUCGCAUGGACACGCGAGGAGAGCUGUCAAUCUUUUGCAGGAUGUCGCGGCUUUGGAGCAGUACAUGUACAAGCCAAGCAAGUGUUCGAUCGUUGCGUCGGGGUUCUCGCAGCGGGCGCCUGUGAUGCUCCAAGGGCAGAAGGUCAAUUAUUGCAAUGAGGCAGUUCAACUUGGCAUUUCACUUGACACGAGAUUCGAUGGUGCGGCCCAUCUCCAGCUUAUCAUGUCGCGUGGACCAGGGCGGAUGAAAUGCCUUCUUGCUGAGCUGAUUAAUCUUGGUAUGCCCAUGCAAGCCUUGCUUACGAGCAUGCGGACACGGAUGACUCCUGCGGCCACCUUCGGCAUUGAGCUCGUAGUCCAGGUGCCGUAUGCGGACAAGCACCUCAAUGCCUUACAAGCUAAAUGGUUGCGUACGGCUUUGGGUUGCUAUUCAGUGCCUCGCAUCGUCAUGAUGGCCGAACUUGGGAUUCAAGACCGCUUGUCGGCGACAGCAUGGGCACGAGCCCUGAUGUUGCGAAGGCGAGGUCGUUUGGAUCCCCGGUAUGCCCAGGAGGAAGAAAUCUUCAAGUUGGCGGAAUCCUGUCCAUCGUCAUGGGCCUCGGCAGUGAAAACCAAGGAGAUUGAACUCAAACUUCCGCUGGUGCCUCAAGGAUGUGACGAUGUAUCCAUAAAACAGCUGAAGUCCAAAUUGCACAGUCAUGCUCGCACAGUGGUCCUUCCGGCCAUUCGAGACAACGAACGGCGCAUGUGGUUUGACAAUCCGAAAAAUUUGCAGCAUUGGAAAUCCUUUUCGCCAGAUGCAUGGAGGGUGGCAUCGCUGUCCUGGUGGGGGAUCAUGAUCAAGGAUGCACAAGCAUGGGCUCAGUUGAAACUGCAAGGGUACUUCUCCAGACAGGAUGGCCAUGCUGGCCCCAGUGUACCCUGUAGUUUCUGCAACGAAGAUGUCCUUGAAACCACUGAUCAUUUGUUUCUGUCAUGCCCGCGAGUACACGCACUUUUGCAUGCUGUACUGCACAGUGCAUGUCGUGAGACAAAGCUUUCAGUUGGCAGCAAGCUAGCGCACGCAGAAGAUGUGCUCCAGUGGGUUUAUGCAGCUGGGAAGCUGUUGCGAUCAAAGCAUGAGCGCUCGUGCUAA